AUGACUACUUUCCAAGGAAAAAUACAUGAUUUGAAAAGCAACAAAUCCAUGGUUUCUGGAAGCAAUUUCAUACAAGUAAUGUUUGAGGAAGUAUCGUUUAAUGUCAUGUUAGCUGUCAUCAGCAUGCUCCUGGUAUAUUUCUUCACACGAAAUUUGGUUUGGCGAAAACAUGACUUAAACAGCGGAAACAAAUCUCAUCAACAACGAAGGGGUCAGGAUUGUGAAGCCAGUCACCCACUCAAUGAGGAUGACGUAUCUUUAUUCUCCAUGUUGACAUAUGACUGGGUAGAACCACUUCUAGAGAGAGGAAGCAGCAGGCCCAGCCUCACCUCCAAAGACAUGUUCACCAUGCCAAACAGUCUUAACGUUAGAAAUGUACAAGAAAAAUUCUGUAAGACACUCAAACCGGCCGAGGACGUUAGUACACAGAUGGACAUGAAGAAGCACACCUUGCUUAAAGGGUUAUGCCAAGCAUACGGAUUGGCCUUUUUUCUUCAUUGUGGUUUAUUAGUGUUACUUGCACAGCUCAUAGACUUCACCAGUCCAAUAACACUAAAUUGGUUGAUAUCCUUUUUCGAAAAUGAAGAUGAACCACCACUUGUCGGAUAUCGAUAUGCUUUUUUAUUAUUCUUGUCGACUUUCGGAAAAACUCUUGUAGACAGCAGAUUACACUGUGUCCGUAUGCAUGUCAUAUUUAAAACAAGGAUUUCGAUCAUGACAACCAUAUAUAAAAAAACACUGAGGAUAAGUAGUGUAUCUUUAUCAAAGUUCAGCACUGGUGAUAUUGUUAAUUUUCUAGGAACUGAUACAAACCGGAUAUUGCAGAUGCUUUCUUGCUUCCAUACUCUAUGGAGUCUUCCGUUAGAAACCAUUAUAUGUAUGUACAUCCUGUAUCAACUGGUUGGAGUUGCAUUCAUGGGAGGACUGAUAAUUGCUUUAGGACUUGUUCCUAUAAAUAAGAUCGUAUCAACGAAGCAGAUUGCUCUUGGUAAGGUGCUAAUGAAGCAGAAAGACAAGAGAACAAAGAUGAUUAGUGAGGUCUUGGGAGGAAUAAAGACAAUCAAGCUACACACAUGGGAAAAUCACUUCCAGAAAAUGAUUGCCAAUCUUCGUAAUGCAGAAUUAUGUACCAUUAGGCAACGGAAGAUCAUUUCUGCCAUAUCAUUGUUCCUGUGGACAUUGGCUCCCAUACUGAUGACCGUACUGACUUUCACUAUAUACUCUAUGAUAGGGAAAGAGAUAACCGCCGCCAAGAUGUUAACAUGCCUGGCACUGCUUUUGAAGCUUCUUGGAUCUCUAAAUGAUCUCCCUUGGAAUUUCAAUACAUUAAUGCAAGGAGUUAUUUCUCUUGAAAGGAUUGAGGAAUUCGUAGCUUUGGAAGAUAUUGACUUCAAUACAUAUUACACACAAAAACAAGAUUUGAGAAACAUCAAUACUGUGAUAUCGGUAAAAGCUGGAAAAUUUACAUGGAACGAAGAGAGCGGUGAAACAGAAGCCACUGAAGGGGGAUAUUCGAGUAAAAUAAGAGAAAAAAUUAGCAAAUCAGGGUCCUUAUCUCUGCAAGAUAUUAACUUCCAAAUAUCAAAAGGCCAGUUUAUAGGAGUAAUUGGUAAAGUUGGUUCUGGGAAAAGCUCCCUACUGAAUGCAAUGCUUGCUGAGAUGGGUCGGGAAGAAGGCGAUAUUUCUGUGUCUAACCUAAAAAACGGGUUUGGCCUUGUGGGUCAGGAACCUUGGAUACAACAAGCUACCGUGCGGGAUAACAUUACAUUCGGUAGUCCAUUUAACGCCAGGAGAUAUGCAGAGGUUCUGGAUGCAGCAUCACUGAAGGAAGACAUCUUGAUGUUGCCGGCUGGAGACAGGACAGAAGUUGGUAAGGAAGGCGCUACAUUGAGUGGGGGUCAAAAAGCUAGACUGGCGCUUGCCAGAGCACUGUAUCAGGAUAAGGAUGUGUAUCUACUUGAUGAUCCGCUAUCUGCCGUAAAUGCCCACGUGGCAAAACAUAUAUAUGACAAAUGCAUUAUGGGAAUACUCGGGACAAAGACCAAAAUCCUUUGCACACACCACGCACAGUUUCUUGGCAAUGCGGAUCUAGUUAUUGUCAUGGAUGAUGGAGUCAUCUCCAAAGUUGGCCCUCCAUCCGAAGUUCUGGAUGAUAUUAAAUUUGCUGAACACAAACCAACCGACGUGAAAUCAGACCACUUUAACAAUAAUGAAAAUGACGGGAAACAAGGAGAUGAGACCAAGGCGACUGGUAGGAGGAAGUUACAGGUGUACAAAACACUUCUAUCAUCGCUUGACAAAUGGCUAGCCCCAGCCAUAGUGAUGUCUUACGUUGUAAUUCAAGCAUUUGAGAAGAUGAAGAGCUGGUGGUUAACCCACUGGGUCUCAAGUACUGCUGUUGACAAUAACAACAUUUCAGUUUCCGGAGGGUUUUGCUUCCAUGACAACAUGUCUUCACCAAUCAGUUUCAGUAAAGGCUAUGACACUACAGGCCAGGUAACACACAGCCUUACAAAUCUCGGGUACUACAUGGCGGUGUAUAUAUGUCUAGCUGGUGUUUAUGCUGUCACAAUGCUGGUCAGGGAAUUUCUCUUUGUCUAUGGCGGGAUGAGUGUAGCUAAGACCAUGCAUAACGACUUACUCAAUAGGAUACUCAGGGCGCCGAUGUCAUUUUUCGAUGUUACUCCCGCAGGCCGAAUUCUAAGCAGAUUUUCAUCAGACAUAGAUGUCAUCGACGAUCCCGUCAGUAACACGAUCAAAGUGGCGUUUUCUCUAUCGUUCGGUAUUGCUGCACGUAUCGCGAUCGCUUGCUAUGGACUGCCUUGGUUUUGUCUACUGCUGCUACCUGUGGUAUUGAUCUACUACCGUGUACAAGUGAGAUAUCAUCGUACAUCUCGAGAAGUCGGACGAAUUUCCAGCCUUAAACCAUUCACCAAUCUUUUCCCUACUUCUCGGAGACCGUUUCGGGAGCAGUUACUAUUCGAGCAUUUCGAGAGACAGAAAGUAAAAAUGGAAAUGUUUGAACCUUCAACAAAACUGAUCCUUAUAAGUAUUAAACCUUAUCCCCGUAGAUUUAGAGACCAACACUUACACCGUAUGGACAACUGGUUAAGAGCUCAUUACACGUUCCAUAAUAUCUCAGCUUGGCUCUUGCUGCGAACGCAGGUUGUUGGAGUUGUCAUGGUGACAGGAAUUGCUGUUUUGGCUGUGAUGCAACACAACAUUCUACAUAUUGAUCCAGGAGUCGCUGGACUUGUUAUUUCCUACACACUUACAUUAUCUGAUCGUCUGUACCGAGCUGUUAACUGUGUGACUGAGGUGGAGAAACAAAUGGUCAGUGUGGAGAGAGUCGCACAAUAUAUCGAGGACACACCAAGUGAGAAAUGGGAAGGUUCACAGUCGAUUUCGGCCUGGCCCUCUUCAGGCGUCAUCAGCUGUAGCAACGUUUACAUGACGUAUCGGGAUGGGUUACCUAACGUCCUUAAAGGUAUCACGUUCAGCACACGGCCAGCCGAAAAGGUUGGAAUUGUAGGACGAACUGGGUCUGGGAAGUCUAGCCUGCUACAGAUACUGUUCCGAACUGUGGAAAUGAAUUCUGGCGAUGUUACCAUUGAUGGGGUGAAUAUCCAGCAAUUGGAUAUUAAAGACGUAAGACGCCACAUGGCUGUGAUUCCCCAAGACUCGUUCCUUUUUAGUGGUACCGUCAGGGGCAACCUAGACCCAACAUCCUCCUACAGUGAUGAAGAACUUUGGGUUGUUCUGGAAAAAUGUCAUCUGCGUGUGCCUGUUGACAGAAUCGGGGGACUCGAGGGAGAAGUGGGAGAGAAGGGACGACAUUUUUCUGUAGGACAGAAACAGCUCAUGUGUCUGGCUAGGGCACUCCUGAGUAAGGCAAAGGUACUGUGUAUAGACGAAGCUACAGCCAGUGUAGAUCUAAAUACAGAUCAGUUGAUACAAGAAACGAUCCGCCAGGAGUUCGUGGACAGUACCGUGUUAACCAUUGCCCAUCGUAUCAACACCAUAAUGGACAGUGACAGAGUAUUGGUGAUGGACCAGGGUCAAGUGGCCGAACUGGACUCUCCGAAAACUCUUCUCAAAAAUCCCGAGUCUGCAUUCUACAAGCUUGUUCACGGGGAACACCCUGAUGAGUUCAUCAGCAAUUAUUGAAAACAUUUUUUAUACACUAGUUUGUAACUUGUACAUGUUAAUCAAGUUAUUAUAUCUGAUAGUUUAUCGUACUAUUAGAUGUAGUCCUGCUCGUUGUGUGCAGCUGUUUGAUCCAGUGUCGUCCGUAAUUGCGGCUAGGUUAGUUAAGGUAAUGUAAUUAAUAUCAAUACUUUGGAAAAAGAAAAGGACACUAAAAUUACUCAGAAAGAGGUUGAAUAAUACACAUGAAUAAUAAAUAUGAACGAUAAUCAGUAUGUAUACUUACAAUCAUUACAAUCACUUAUAGUGGAUACAUAGUCGCUAUUACGUAGAAGACGUUAUCUUUCACACUAAUAGUUAUGGGUUGUUUAGGCUAAAUAAUUAAUCUAAUGACUUUAAUAUUUGAAGUUAAGCACUUGUGGCAACUGCCUAGAUUCAUAGACAUUUACCUUGCAAAAGCUGUUAAAUGACUGUGUUUACAGUUUAAUGCCAUAUUUCAAUGGCAGAUCCUCUAGAAGAUGACAACCGGAAGUUUGCAAACAAAACCGGUUACAAAAAUCAGAAUUGACUCGGACGAUUUGCCUUUGUAAAAAUCGGCACAUAGACAUGGACAUAUACAAAUAUUAUACAUUUUCCAAUCAUUCAUACAAAAUAUGUCAUCAGUUCCUCAUUAAAAUUCCUCUGUUGCUCAGUGGUUAAAUAGAAAUCAUUUAAGUUCGCAACUACAAACAGGUGCUUGCUGAUUGGUCGAUAAAAUUGUGCGACUCCUUACCAUAAUUUGCCUGUCUCGCGGACGUCCUAGAUCAAAGGUCUUGAAAUAUGACAUUGACUUUCAUUGGAUGACUGUUUUUGAGGGAAGCAUAUAGUAUGAAAUUGAUACGUUAUUUUACAAAAUUUUAUUUUUGAAUAUCAAUUAGUGUUUUGAAGACAUAAUACAACAGCACUAUCUUAUUUGCAUAUGUCAGCAAACACGUCCAUUAAAACAAGAUCAAAGUCUCCCCGCUGUCAGCUGAUAUCAUUUCAUGUAUGAAAGAGAUAAAAAUGACUAGUGGUUGUUGAAUAUAUUAUAUAUAAGCUAUUUUAUAGCUUUUAAAACAUAACUGUCUCGACAAUGAAAUAAAACCACAUCAACAGCAAUCUAACUAUAUUGUACAAUUCUGAUCGCAACAACUUACUAGACCCGAUAGAAGUACCCGUUCUAUAGUUAGUAUGUUUGGAUCCAUUACCUAAAUUGGAUUAUACCGUAAACCUUAUAUAAUAUGGCCAUGUCUUACUGAGGAAAAUCAUUAUAUGUGAUUUAUUGUGAUUGUUGCUUAUAGAUAUUAUAACGAUAGAAUGUGAAAUGGCUAUUUUUACGCUCAUCAUUUCAAAAUUGAAAACUGGCGAUAUCAAAUUAUAAUUAUUUACUGAAGAGCAAUUGCGAAUGAGUAUGUUGAGAUUGGUGAAUUAUUCUAUACAUACGUAUUUAUCUUCCUUUUCUAACCAAGAUCCGAUAAACGAUUUUGUCCCGGCGAUUAAAGGCUCCAGGUCUUCGUGACCACAUUCAAUCAGCCUAUUGUACAGGUCAGUCCAACGGGACGGUUCUAUUUCGUGUUUGUUUAAGCAUUUAACUGUUUUUGUAUGGUAUACAUGAUCUAUUUGAAUGCCAGAGCUC